GGCCGGGCGUCGUGCUGGUCGUGCAGAGAGGAGUCCGCAAGGUGCCGCACCGAGGGUCGUGCCUGCCGAGGGGGACCCUGGGCGAAGCCCACCGCCGCGAUGGAGGUCCAGGAGGCAAGCUCUUCCAACAAGGACUUGGGGGGCAAGAAGGAAGGAAAAUACAUCAAACUCACAGUCGUUGGACAAGACAACAGUGAGGUUCACUUCAAACUGAAAAUGACGACCCAUCUGAAGAAACUCAAAGAGUUGUACUGUCAAAGGGUGGGUGUUACCAUCAAUACGCUCAGGUUUCUCUUUGAUGGGCAGAGAAUCGCUGAUAAUCACACCCCAAAAGAACUGAACAUGGAGGAAGAUGAUGUGAUCCGAGUCUACCAGGAACAAGUAGAGGAUCACGCAAGGAUUUAGAAAUUCUUCUGGCUUUUUCCCCUUCCCCUCAACACUCUUCUAUUUCUAAAUAUAGUUCUUUAAUAAUGUGGUGUUCACGAUGGAAUUAAAAAUGGACACCACAUCCCUUUAAAGGUAUCUGAUAAUUUGAAUUCUAGUGCCCAAUAUUCAUGAUUAUUCGUUUUCAUUGUGCUGGUUUUUGGUCAUCAAACCUUAGCUCCUGUUAUAUCGGCCUCGCCUUUUUAACAAUCACCUAUGUGCACAGAGAGGCCACUCUUUCCAGGGCUGUGCAUUUUCAGGCCGGUGAUAAAGACGAUCCACCGAUGCCAAUGAUCAAAAUGACUUUCCAACUGGCCCUGAAGUUCUGGCAUGUGACUACUUCACUCCUGGACUAUGAUUCUCAGUGGGAGAUGGAAGUUUUUCAGAGAACUGAAUGGUGAAAAAUGACUUUUCCUUAACUUGAAGCUACUUUUAGCAUUUGAGUGUCUGGACCAAAGGAAGACAACUAUCAGGCUGAAGUUGAGAUAACCGUGAUCGUGAGAAUAAUGACUAACUCCAAAGAUGGCUUUGCUAAGGAGAGAACAUCUUAAAAAUCUUACCAGAAUCCCCAGAAAGUCCUAAUUUUCAUUAGCAGUUAAUAAAGAUACUCAUGCAGAACU